AUGAUAAGGGACAUUCUGAUCCUCUUAACAGUCAUAUGGACAACCGUACAAGCCUGCCCGUCAGGAUGGGUGCAGCAUGAUGAGCUCUGUUACUACUUUAGUGUAGUGACUGGGUCAUGGGCGGAAGCUGGGAGCUUUUGCCGAAAUGUCAACGGAAAACUCGCAGAACCUAUGCAGACAUCGGAUGUCACGUUUAUCGACGGAGAAGUUCAAACUAAACACGCACCACAGGGUGAAUACUAUUUAGGUGGACACGACACCUUUGUUGAAGGAGAAUGGAACUGGGCUAGUUCAUUUAGCUUGAUCACAAACGCGAACUGGAAGGCCGGUGAACCAAACGACCAGAACGGAAAGGAGGAUUGCUUGGCUUUAACUUUGUCUGGUCACUGGAACGAUGUUCCAUGCAACAUAUCGCUUCCUUUCGUAUGCGAAAUUGAAAACUUUUACAGUCAGGGGGCCAUCGGAUGA